UGACUUACAAGAUUAGUGCUGACAGACACUUCUCAGCUCUGUUCGGGAGAGCAGCUCUGUAAUGCGCUUGUGGUUUCAGAUGUGGGCGGCCUGUGUGAACCUGUCGUGCAAGGCUCACGUCACCAACUGCUGCAGUUAUCUCCUGAAUCAGGCUGAGGGUCUUUGCUGUGCACCCAGAGACAGUUGGGUGACAAAUCACCUCCAGGUUGGGGAUGCCUCAGACUUGUGAUGGGACUGGGCAGAUGCAUCUGGAAAGGGCCCUCAGCCCAGUCCCUUGCAGGCUGGACCUUGGAGAGUGAGGCCCUGAGGCGAGACAUGGGCACCUGGCUCCUGGCCUGCACCUGCGUCUGCACCUGUGUCUGCUUGGGAGUCUCUGUCACAGGGGAAGGACGAGGGCCAAGGGCUGGAAACUUCACCUGCCUCAACAACAACAUUCUCAGGAUCGAUUGCCGUUGGUCUGCCCCAGAGCUGAGCCAGGGCUCCAGCCCCUGGCUCCUCUUCACCAGCAACCAGGCUCCCGGCGGCACACAUAAGUGCAUCUUGCAGGGCAGUGAGUGCACCGUAGUGCUGCCACCCGAGGCAGUGCUCGUGCCAUCUGACAAUUUCACCAUCACUUUCCACCACUGCGUGUCUGGCAGGGAACAGGUCAGCCUGGUGGACCCGGAGUACCUGCCCCGGAGACACGUGAAGCUGGACCCGCCCUCUGACUUGCAGAGCAACAUCAGCUCUGGCCACUGCAUCCUGACCUGGAGCAUCAGUCCUGCCUUGGAGCCAAUGACCACACUUCUCAGCUAUGAGUUGGCCUUCAAGAAGCAGGAAGAGGCCUGGGAGCGGGCCCAGCACAGGGAUCACAUUGUCGGGGUGACCUGGCUCGUACUUGAAGCCUUUGAGUUGCACCCUGGCUUUAUCCAUGAGGCCAGGCUGCGUGUUCAGAUGGCCACACUGGAGGAUGACGUGGCAGAGGAGGAGCGUUACACAAGCCAGUGGAGCGAGUGGAGCCAGCCUGUGUGCUUCCAGGCUCCCCAGAGACAAGGCCCUCUGAUCCCACCCUGGGGGCAGCCAGACAACACCCUUGUCGCUGUGUCCGUCUUCCUCCUGCUGAUUGGCCUGACUUACCUCCUGUUCAAGCUUUCACCCAGGGUGAAGAGAAUCUUCUACCAGAACGUGCCCUCUCCAGCGGCGUUCUUCCGGCCCCUCUACAGUGUGCACAAUGGGAACUUCCAGACUUGGAUGGGGGCCCACAGGGCCGGUGUGCUGCUGAGCCAGGACUGUGCUGGCACCCCACAAGGAGCCUCGGAGCCCUGCAUCCAGGAGGCCGUCGCACUGCUCACCUGUGGCCCAGUGCAUCCUUGGAAAUCUGUGGCCCUGGAGGAGGAAGAGGAGGGCACUGGGACCAGGCUUCCAGGGAACCGGAGCUCAGAGAAUGUGCUGCCAGCAGGGUGUAUGGGGUGGAGGGCACAGACCCUUGCCUAUCUGCCACAGGAGGACUGGGCCCCCACGUCCCCCACCGGGUCAGCUCCUCCAGACUCAGAGGGCAGCAGCAGCAGCAGCAGUGACUACUGUGCUUUGGGCUGCUAUGGGGGAUGGCACCUCUCAGCCCUCCCAGGGAACACGCAGAGCCCUGGGCCCAUCCCAGCCCUGGCUUGUGGCCUUUCCUGUGACCAUCAGGGCCUGGAGACCCAGCAAGGAGUUGCCUGGGUGCUGGCUGGCCACUGCCAGAGGCCUGGGCUGCAUGAGAACCUCCAGGGCAUGUUGCUCCCUUCAGUCCUCAGCAAGGCUCGGUCCUGGACAUUCUAGGUCCCUGACUCGCCAGACGCAUCAUGUCCAUUUUGGGAAAAUGAACUGAGGUCUCUGGAGCCCUUGUCUGGGACUGGACCUCCUGAGAAGGGGCCCCUAGCAGUGGUCAGAGGUCCUGUCUGGAUGGAGGCUGGAGGCUCCCCUUCAACCCCUCUGCUCAGUGCCUGUGGGGAGGAGCCUCUACCCUCAGCAUCCUGGCCACAGGUUCCUCCUUCCACUGUUCCUUUUCUUUAUCCCUGGCCUCUCUGAGAAGAGGGGUGUGGUCUCUCAGCUGUUCUGCCCUCAUACCCUUAAAGGGCCAGCCUGGGCCCAGUGGACACAGGUAAGGCACCAUGACCACCUGGUGUGACCUCUCUGUGUCUUCCUGAGGCACCUUUCUAGAGAUUAAAACGAGCUUGAUGGCUAUUCCAAAGUGUUGAUAGCUGGGAGGAGGGGCCAGAGGAGGGGUGAGGGGUGGGGUUUGUCCAGCCCUGGGCUUUCUGGGCUCUAGAGACAGCACAGUGGAGGCUCAAUGACAGUUCUGGGGACAGCAGGGUGGAGGUUCAGGGCAGUUUCGGGACAGCAGGGUGGAGGCUCAGGGACAGUUCCUGGGAGGCCAGCACCCUCAUUCCUCCUUGUCCUCAUCCUCCCACUUGCUCCAGGAAAGUGAGAACUGAGGCUGGAGCUCCUAGACAGUCAGGCCUGGAAGGGACCAUCCAGCAGUGAUGGUGGUCUGUGAAGGGUCCUGCUUCUGUCCUCAGCCUCUCAGAGGGUGGGCUUGGUGAGGAGCUGUGGUCUGGAGAGAGUGGCAGUUGCAGCAGAACAUGCCUGCAUUUGUUUCCUAGGGCUGCCGUAACAAAGUGCCACAAAGUGGGUAUCUUAGAACCACAGAGAUUGUUAUCUCACAGUUCUGAAGUCCAGAAGUUGGAAACAAAGAUGUUGGCAGUAUUCCCGACCACAUGUUCUUAGGCUCCCAUGAAACAGAAGUUGAUACGAGGCCAAGCAGGUUUCCCAGACAAGGCUUUAUUGAGUCUUAUGGCCUGAAAGGUUGGGCAGAAGAGAGACAGUGCAGGAGGAAGGAUUCUUGGCUGGCUCCCCAAGGGGAAUGCAUUGUGGUGUCUUAAGGAGGGUGACAUGCAUAAUUUAUGAGGUAGGUGAGUGUCAUUACAUGUAUGGGAUGGAGUGAAGGGUGCUCAGAUGCAUGCUAACACAUACGUUGUGUGAUCAGAAAAUGGCAGAUAAGCCCCUCCCUGGGUGAGGACUUUAGUAUUAUCAUAAGGCCAGGGUAAUUCUCCUGGCCUUGUGCACAAGCAGGUGAUAGAGUCAACUCCCCUGACUAAGACUUAUGGCAUGAUGCUACUUACCUUAUUUUUUUUUCAGACAGUUGGCAAGGUCUGGUUAGCGAGUCUGGUGCUGCAAGUUCUAGUGGUCAGCAGGCACGUAUGGAACAACACGUUAGUGGGGGUGGGCCAAGUCCCAUUUCUACUCUGUCUCAGCAGGGCCAUGCUCCCUCUGAAGGCACUAGGGAAGGAUUAGUUUCAGGCCUUUCUUCAGGUUCUGUUAGUUUCUUGGCUUGUGACACCAAAGCUGUAAUCUUUUUGUUUUGUUUUGUUUUUGAGACAGAGUUUUGUUCUUGUCACCCAGGCUGGAGUGCAAUGGCACAAUCUCGGCUCACUGCAACCUCCACCUCCACCUCCACCUUCAAG